AUGGGCAGUCUAGUGGUUGGACUAAUGGUGUUAGGCGUCGGGGGCACCUGGUUUCUUUGGUUGCCAGAGGCCCCUCUUAAUGGGUCAUUGCAACUGGCCAUAAAGUUGCGGCCGGACAUACCAGAUCCCGAGGAUCCCCCUCUUUCUUCUUUCCCUGCCCCAUUUUCCCCAGCGCCAAUUUGCCCACGACCUCGGUCUUCGGGACACGAUGAGCCUUGCCCCAGCGACGCCCUAGAGAUUGGCUCAUUUCUCCGUACCAACUCUGUACCGCCCUGCUACCUCAACCUAAUCGAGUCGUCUUCUCCUCAUCCUCCCAAAAGCUGACCGGCUUUCGCCAGUCCUCCGAUCUCCUUCGGCCGAUCGUCGACCGGCGGUACAUCUGCCGGCCAGCACAGACCUCCUCCGAUUUCGGUCUCGUUUUUAGACGCCGGUCCACUUUACUCAGUCCUUUCAGUCAAGGCAAUUUGA